AUGAGCGCUGCGUUUCGCGUGCCGCUGCGGUCUUUCAACAAUCCCGCACCGGCAAUUCGGCAAACAUCAAAAGCCUCGGCCGCUGCCUUUUCGUCCCCUCUGAACGCAACCCCGGUGUACAAUUUCUCUUCGAGUGGAAUUGCGACUCGGUCAUGGAGGAAACAGUUGUGUAAACACAUGCGACCGGCGUCGUACGGCCGGUGCUUUUCUACGAGAACCUCGGCCCUCUUGUCUGCGGAGGCAAAUGCGGCCGGUCCCAAGGCGAAGACUGGCUCGCCGCAAAAGAAGCCGAUAAAGCUUUUGAUCGUCUUGGGUCUGCUUGGUGUUGGUGCAGUGGUAUACUCUGAGGAGCUUAAGCAUGCGUAUGGUGCGGCGCGGAGAAGUGGUCGCGUGGUUGGCACACUGGCCGUGUGUAUCAACGACUACCGCGUGACCCUGAACAAAGAGACUUCAACUCCCGAAGAACGCGACGAAUUGAUGCGCGCAUGCCACAAGCGCUGCGCCGAGCGUACCCUACGAGUGCUAGAGAAGAACGGUUCGAUUUUUAUUAAAUUAGGCCAGCAUCUCAGCAGCAUGGGCUACCUGCUCCCCAUCGAAUGGACUACGACUUUCAUCCCGCUUCAAGACAAAUGCCCCGUUUCGUCGAUCGAGUCUAUCGAGGAAAUGUUCGUUACAGACACCGGCCAGACCAUCGAUGAACUGUUCAGCUCCUUCGAGCCUGAGCCUACUGGAGCCGCCUCCCUGGCUCAGGUACACAUCGCCACGCUGAAGGAAACCGGACAAAAGGUCGCUGUCAAGGUUCAGCAUCCUGCUCUAGCCGAGUGGGUGCCGCUGGAUCUUGCAUUGACCAGAUUCACUUUCUCUAUGCUCAAGCGGUUCUUCCCGGAGUACGACCUGGAAUGGCUUUCUCGCGAAAUGGACCUAUCCCUGCCUGUGGAACUGGAUUUCCGUAUGGAAGCUCAGAACGCUACCCUUGCCAGCGAGUACUUCAAGAAACACUCUGACGCCCCGCUCGUAAUUCCCGAAGUAAUGUGGUCUCAAAAGCGCAUUCUAGUCAUGGAAUUCAUAUCCGGCCGACGCCCCGACGACCUCGAGUUCCUCGACGCCAACAACAUCGACCGCGACGAAGUCUCCGCCGCCUUCGCCCAUAUCUUCAACGAAAUGAUCUUUGGCGAUGAAGCUCCACUCCACUGCGAUCCACACGGCGGCAACAUCGCCAUCCGCCCGAACCCCAACAGCAGCCAUCCCAACUUCGAGAUCAUCCUGUACGACCACGGACUGUACCGCAACAUCGACCGUGACCUUCGCCGCAACUACGCCAAGUUAUGGCUGGCAGUUAUCGACGCAGACGUCCCUCGGAUGCGCAAGUAUGCCUACGAGGUUGCCGGUGUCACGGACGAGCAGUUUCCACUCUUCGCCAGUGCAAUCACGGGCCGUGACUACAGUGUUCUGACGAAGAAAAAUGUUGCUUCGUUGCGGACUGUCGAGGAGAAGAAAGAAAUCUCUGGUGCCCUUGGUGAAGGGAUGCUUCAGCAGCUGGUUGAAUUGCUCGGCCAGGUGCCGCGGAUUAUUUUGUUGAUUCUCAAGACAAAUGACCUGACCCGCAGCCUCGACGAAAACCUGCACACCCGCUCAGGACCCAUGCGCACAUUUCUCAUUUUGGCUAGGUACGCAACACGUACGGUCUUCGAGGAACAAAUGGAGUCUAUCCGAGCAUCGGGCGGCAUCUUCUUGAACUUCUUCCGCUUCCUCUCCGCCUGGGUCGGGUUCCUGCGUGUUGAGGUCAAGUUGUCAGUCUACGAGACCGUUCUCUCACUCAAGAGUCGGUUUGGACUGCGAACUGGUUGA